AUGGCGAUGUGUAAUCUUCGUUUUAUGCGCACGUCGCCAAAAAUCGAUAUUCAACUGAACCAAAACCUCCCGAGCGACGUGGAUUACUACACAACGGGCAAUGUCGUGGAAGGCACUGUUUUUAUAACCGUGCCGCAUGGCUUACCGCUGGGCGCCGUACAAAUUCACCUCCAAGGGAUAUCGAAAAUCAAAUUCCAUCGAGCCCUACAGCAUGGACGAGCCAAUACCCAGCACACAUUUUUAUCUCUACGUCACCCCCAAGAUGAGACGAAGAUCCCAAUGCCAGCUAGUAUCACCGAAAAGAGCCACAGCUACCGUAUCCCGUUCAGUUUUGUCCUGCCCAACAAAUUGCCGCCCCGGUCCUGCAACCAUUUCACAAAAAGCAAACACAUCGAAAAUUCUCACAGGAACCUUCCCGCCACACUGGGAGACCGUGGGUGUCAAGCACAGAUCGAUGAGUUCCUCACCGAUAAAGCCUGUGUAUCAUAUCGCAUUCGAGUGAGAAUCUCGAAUCCCUUGGUUUCCAACUCCGUGUUGAGCAAGACAAAAUGCAUUCGAGUCAUUCCGCACUCUCUCGAAGAGCCACCCAUUGAAACCAUGGGAAACAAGCUCUACUUGACGCAUAUAAGAAAAGCUUUGAGCGAUGGGCCAUUCUGCAGUAAAUCUGGCUGGUUAUCUGUAGAGGCUUUGCAACCUCGAUCUAUCCGUCUACCCAAUCCUGAAACGACAAUGCAUGAGAACCUUGGCACCACGGCGACAAUCAACCUAGAAUUUGUGGGAAUGCAAAGUCCGCCAAAGCUUCGGACCAUUUCUAGCACUCUCAAAGUGCUCACAAUAUAUGGCGCGACGCCUUGGGAAAACCACCCCAGUGUCAUGUACUCACCAUCUUUGGGCAAUGGUAACCGACAAAUAUGCAGAGAUGACCUGCCGUUGUCAAAAGCAUGCAUCAAAACUGUCAAAUGGGAGAAGCAAAAGACCUUGUCACGCGAUGAUGAGAGACCCAGGGAUGGAUUCCAUGAAGGCGAUGCUUUGCUCCAACCCUCCAAGUGGAAAUAUUCAAUUGUGGCUCCCAUCACACUCCCCGAUACACACAGUUUGGUCCCUACCUUUCAUUCCUGCUUUGUUUCUCGGGUCUACUUGGUCGAAAUCUGUCUCUCCUAUUCUCAAAUUGGUGCGCUACAUGUUCCAUCAUAUGUAACUCUAAAAUUGCCUUUGCAGAUAACAAAAUAA